AGAGGGAGAGAGAGAGGGAGGGAGAGAGAGAUGGAACAGAGCUUCAGCAUCCAAAACACACGGGAGUGGCGCGCCACCGAGACCGGAGCCCCGGACCCACCCGAAGCAGCGUCACAUCCACCGCUCUCCUGUCACGCCUCUUGCGCGCGCGGCGGCGCCUCAUCCUCGGUUAACGACAUUAAUCAUCACUCGCUCCAUAUCUUCAAGUGAUCCCUGUGGGUGAAUUGGGAAAAGAGUCGACUGCGUAACCUCAAUGAAGACCUUUGUUCCCCGACAUCCGGCGCAGCUUUCCUCUCCAUCUGCCAUGGUGACAUGACACCCUCCUGAGUGGCUUUGCUGCUUUCUCCGAGACAUAGACCCUUUGGGCUUGUCAACCUCCGGGAACCUGUACAGACACUGUUGCUCGGCUUCCUCAUACUAAAAAAAGACAUCUCCUACUCCUACGCAAAGCACCUCACCAGUUUGCGAUGACGGUGGCCGUGCGAUUUCGUCGCCACUUACGCCGGCUCUUGCUCCUGCUGGCCUCCUGCUGUCUCCUCUCCCUCCUCCUCUCUGCUUACUUUCUCUUUACGAACUCCUCUCCUUCCAUGCAGCUUGGACAAUCUCCUGAACCUGCGUGCUCCCAGCCCCUCUCCAUGUCUCCGUAUCGCCAACUCCCUUACCCAUACCCACCUAACCCCCCUCACACACAUGUCCACACUGAUCCAGUUGUUCUGGUAAUGGUGGAGUCCCAGUACUCACAGCUGGGUCAGGACAUUGUAGCUAUAUUGGAGUCAGCACAUUUCCAGUUCCGCAUGGAGAUUGCCUCGGGGAAGGGCGACCUUCCGCCACUGACAGAAAAGGGCCGUGGACGAUAUUCACUCAUCAUUUAUGAGAAUCUGUUAAAGUAUGCACAUGCAGACACAUGGAACAGACAGCUGUUACAUCAAUAUUGUACCGAGUUUAGAGUGGGCAUCAUAGGUUUCUACCGCUCCACUGAGAACUCCCCACCUCUUCUUAAACUCAGAGGUCUCCCGCUGGUGUUACGGACAAACCAGGCACUCUGGGACUGCUGUGUGGUGUCUAGCUCUCCCCUCCUCCACAUUACAAAGCCUGGCAUGGAUCGAGGGGCCUUACCUGGGGAGGAAUGGACGUCCUUCUCCUCCAAUCACUCGACGUACCAGGCUGUGCUGCAUGCAAGGUCCAAGGAGGGAGCUGGGGCAGGGAGCGGUGAUAAUCCAGGGCUGGGCUUCAGUUUAGGCCUCCAAGCCACCGUGGUUCAGGACAUGGGACUGUUUGAUGGGGUACGGAGGGUACUAUUUGGUCAGGGAUUGGGCUACUGGCUCCACAGACUCAUCUUGGUGGAUGCCAUCUCCUACCUCACUGACAGGAAGCUUACCUUGGGUCUGGACCGGCACAUACUGGUGGAUAUAGAUGACAUUUUCGUCGGGAAGGAAGGGACACGCAUGAACGCCAAGGAUGUGAAGGCUCUCCUUGAUAUUCAGACACAACUGCGUUCCCAGAUCUCCAACUUCACCUUCAAUCUUGGCUUCUCUGGGAAGUUUUACCACACAGGCACAGCAGAGGAGGAUGAGGGAGACGAUUUAUUGUUGAAAUAUGUGGAUGAGUUCUGGUGGUUUCCUCACAUGUGGAGCCACAUGCAGCCUCACCUCUUCCACAAUGAGUCGUCCCUGCUGGAGCAGAUGGUCCUCAACAAGGAGUUUGCUCUGGAGCACAACAUCCCGGUGGAUAUGGGCUACGCUGUGGCCCCUCACCACUCAGGUGUGUACCCGGUGCACAUGCAGCUGUAUGAGGCUUGGAGGCGCGUGUGGAACAUCCGAGUCACCAGCACCGAGGAGUACCCCCACCUUAAGCCUGCCCGCUACCGUAAGGGCUUCAUCCACAGCAACAUCAUGGUGCUGCCUCGCCAGACAUGUGGCUUGUUUACUCACACCAUCUACUAUAAGGAAUAUCCUGGUGGACCCAAGGAACUGGAUAAAAGCAUCCGUGGGGGAGAGCUGUUUCUCACUGUGCUGCUGAACCCAAUCAGUGUGUUUAUGACUCACCUGUCAAACUAUGGCAAUGAUCGACUGGGUCUUUACACGUUUGUCCAUCUGGCCUCCUUUCUUCGUUCAUGGACGAACCUGAAACUCCACACUCUUCCGCCCUUGCAGCUCGCUCACAAAUACUUCCAGCUUUUCCCAGAACAAAGGAACCCUCUCUGGCAGAACCCAUGUGAUGACAAACGACAUAAAGACAUCUGGUCGAAAGAAAAAACCUGUGAUAGGUUACCCAAGUUCAUGGUUAUAGGGCCACAAAAAACAGGAACGACUGCACUUUAUCUAUUCCUACUCAUGCAUCCAUCCAUCUCCAGUAACUUUCCCAGUCCAAAGACGUACGAGGAGGUCCAGUUCUUCAACACCAACAACUACCACAAAGGAAUUGACUGGUAUAUGGAGUUUUUCCCUGUGCCAUCUAAUGUUAGCACCGACUUUCUGUUUGAGAAGAGCGCGAACUAUUUCCCCUCAGAGGAGUCUCCGAGGCGAGCUGCUGCCCUGCUGCCCAAGGCCAAGAUCAUCACCCUGCUUAUCAACCCCGCUGACAGGGCUUACAGCUGGUAUCAGCAUCAAAGAGCCCAUGAGGACCACGCUGCCCUGCAGUUCACCUUCUAUGAUGUCAUCAGCGCCAGGCUGGGAGCACCAGCUGAGCUGCGCUCCCUACAGACCCGCUGUCUCAUCCCGGGUCUCUAUUCCACACACCUAGAGAGAUGGCUCACGUACUACCCUGCUAACCAAGUGAUGAUCAUAGAUGGCCAUCAGCUGAGGAGUGACCCUGCAGCAGUGAUGGAUGUCGUCCAGAAGUUCCUGGGAGUCACUCCCCAUUUGAACUACUCGCAGGCCCUCACGUUUGACCCUCAGAAAGGAUUUUGGUGUCAGCUCCUUGAGGGAGGAAAGACAAAAUGUUUGGGAAAGAGCAAAGGGAGGAAGUACCCACCUAUGGACCCAGAGGCACGUGCAUAUCUCUCCAGGUAUUACAGGGAGCACAACGUGGAGCUGUCAAAGCUGCUGCAUCGCCUCGGACAGCCGCUUCCUUCCUGGCUAAGAGAGGAGUUGCAGAAGGUUAGAUAACCUUUGCAUCCAUGAGUCGGGGUUAACUGUCAGUGAGUCAAAGACCAGGGGAUGACCAGGAGCCAUCAGAUGCACUGUCUUUUAGUGAAUCCUGAGGUGAAGGUGAAGACCAGGAGCCUUGUUUCUCUCAGUGACUUGGACACUGCUGAAGGAGAGAGAGCAGAAGUCCCAAAAUGGAGAAGAGCUGUGCCGGAACUGCACUACUGGAUGGAUGGAUUGAUGAAUGGAUAGAUGGAUGGUUAGAGAGACAAUUUCCCAGUGUUUCUUUCAGCUCUAUGUAAAAGUGGCACUAAAAUGAUGAAGAGAACUAUUGAAGACAAGGAGCAUAUGGCGAGUCUUGAUGGCCAAACCCUGCCCUGAACUGUGCUGGACUCUCGUACACAUCUGAAGUGACUGUGGUUGACUCUCUCUUCUGAUUUUACUUUAAUUUCCACGUUUAAUUUAUGUUCCCAGAACAGCGCUGGUCAGCUGUGUGUGGUUCCCAUUGAAAUGACUUUGCACUAAGUUCUGUUCCGUUUUUCUUCAAGACAAAACAAAUGCACCCUUUAUGGUUUGCGUUUAUUUUUUUAAAGAAUUUAUAUCACGUGGACAGAGAGAAUACGGGAGCGAGAUAAGUGCAUAGACUCAGGGUGAGUUUCAGGCUGUAUAAGUUGUAAAUGUUUUUUGAUUUGUUUGUUUGUUUUUUUCCUGGUAAAUCUGGUAACUUUUUUUCACCCUUAGAGAUGUCACCCAAGGUUUUCAUUGGACAGUGUGGACUGGAAAUGAUUUACGAAACCUAAGAUGCAUUGCCUGCUCAUUAUUUUCCUGUGACAAGCCAUGCAGGAGGACGCUGUGCCCGUUUAGCAGAGCAUGAGUGCUGAUGAUUUCAGCGCUAAGGACUGAGGAGACAUGAGUCUGAGGGAAGAAAAUGACCAAAAUGACUCUAAAGGAUAUGACACUAAAUUCCAAGACUCAUUAAAUAGCAACUGUACUUGCUUACAUUUGUGUCUCAACUCAGUCUCAACCUCUUUUUUGUUUCCUUUUUAAAACCAGUGGCCUACAUUGUUUAGCUUCAGUUUCAAUGCAAAAAAAAACCCUAAAUGUCAAACACAGAAACCAAAAUUAAAGGAAUGGAUAUGACUGACA